CACGGGCUCUGUCUGUCCAGGGCGUCUUCUGUUGUGACAUUUUCACCGGAUGCUUCAGCCGGCGCUGAGUGCACGCCCGCUCUGCACCGGGCGCCGUUUCACUACCUGGGAUGCAGGCGCGAACGAUAGGGAAAUUGAGAUACGCCAACAACAGCAAUUAUAAGAAUGAUGUCAUGAUCAGAAAAGAGGCUUAUGUACAUAAGAGUGUGAUGGAGGAACUGAAGAGAAUAAUUGAUGACAGUGAAAUUACCAAAGAGGAUGAUGCUUUGUGGCCUCCCCCCGACCGAGUGGGCCGGCAGGAGCUUGAAAUCGUCAUUGGAGAUGAACACAUUUCUUUCACAACAUCAAAAAUUGGUUCCCUCAUUGAUGUCAAUCAAUCCAAGGACCCAGAAGGCUUACGAGUAUUUUAUUAUCUUGUCCAGGACCUGAAGUGUUUGGUCUUCAGUCUUAUUGGAUUACACUUCAAGAUUAAACCAAUCUAGAUUGAAUAUUGGUGUGGACACUAGGGGGGUGGGAGUAGCUGGUUUUCAUUACCAUUAUCAAGAAAUUUUUGUGUAUAGAAGGCCAAUAUUUUUUUUAUAAACUGUAAAUGAUUGUCUUCAAUAAAUAUAUAACAAAAUGCAAUUAUUAUUUUA